UGUUGCUUCCAGAGUGCUGGAUCUCAGACCAGUGUGUAAACAUGCUUCACUUUUAUACAAUUUUGCUGGGACUCUUGAUCCUUGUCCCUCUGCUAGCCAAUAUUUUUUCCCCUUAUAUUUGGCUGGACCUGCGGUUCUUUUUCUCUCUCUUGUGGGUGGAAUACAAGUCCAAAAUACGUUUGCAGCAAAAUCCAUCAUUCACCCUCCUGGACUGUUUUUUAGACAAGGUCCUGAAACAUCCAGAGAAGCCUUUCAUUCUCUUUGAAGAUGAAAUUUAUUCCUAUCAUGACAUUGACAGACGUAGCAACCAAAUGGCCAGAGUGCUAAAGGACUAUGUGAAGCUGAAAGAAGGGGAAACCAUGGCUGUUUUCUUGAAGAAUAUCCCUGCCUAUAUCUGGAUCUGGAUGGGCUUGGAGAAGAUUGGCUGCACCAUGGCAUGCAUCAAUUAUAACAUCCGAUUAAAAUCUUUGUUGCAUGUGUUGAAAUCCUGCAAUGCCAAAGUGCUUCUGACAACCCCAGAUUUUAAAAAUGCCAUUGAAGAUAUUCUACCUGAUUUAAAGGAUGAAGGAUUACAAGUUUUCUUUCUCAGUGAUGAUUCUCCCUUUGAUGGUGUCGAGGCACUACUUGGACAGGUUAAACUGAGUUCAGAUGAACCUGUGCCUGCUUCCUACAGAGCCAGUGUAAAAGUUACAUCUACAUCUGUGUACAUUUUUACUUCUGGAACCACAGGACUACCAAAAGCUGCUAUCAUCAACCAAAUGAAGCUGCUCAAGAUAUCUAAGAUGUUUAUCAUGUGUGACAUCAAUGCCAAAGACAUCAUCUACACUCCGCUGCCACUGUACCAUUCGGCUGCGCUUCUUAUUGGAAUUGGAGGAUGCCUGGAGGUUGGAGCUACAUGUGUUUUAGGGCCGAAGUUCUCUGUUUCAAAUUUCUGGAAUGACUGCAGGCGAUAUCAGGUUUCUGUAAUCCAAUAUGUGGGCGAAACAAUGCACUAUUUAUGUAAUGCACCAAAGAAGGACAAUGAUCGUGACCAUAGUGUGAGACUGGCCAUAGGCAAUGGCAUGAAGAGAGAAGUCUGGAAAGAAUUUCUGCACCGAUUUGGAUGCCUUAAGGUCUAUGAGUUCUAUGGAGCUACAGAAGGCAAUAUAGGCUUUAUUAACUACAUUGGGAAAGUUGGAGCUAUAGGAAGGAUUAACUUCCUCUAUAAGAAACUGGCAAAGUUUGAAUUAAUUCAAUAUGAUAUUGACCAGAAUGAGGUUGUGAGGAAUGAAAAAGGAUUCUGCAUCCCAGUGGCCACAGGUGAAACAGGUUUACUAGUAGGCAAGAUCACCGAGAAGACUGCCUUCCAUGGCUAUGCAGGAGAUCUUGAGAAAACAAAGAAGAAACUUCUCCAGGAUGUCCUAGAAAAAGGAGACAGCUACUUUAACAGUGGUGACCUCAUGAUGCAAGACCACGAUGGGUUUAUAUAUUUCCAGGACCGAGUGGGAGAUACUUUCCGGUGGAAAGGAGAGAAUGUGGCUACUACAGAAGUUGAGACAAUUCUUGUGAUGCUGGAAUUUAUUCAAGAAGUAAAUGUAUAUGGAGUACCUGUGCCAGGACAUGAAGGAAAGAUUGGGAUGGCAGCAAUACGAUUAAAGGAAGGGGAAUCCUUUGAUGGGAAACAGUUAUAUGAACAUACCAAGAAUUACCUGCCAAACUAUGCUAUACCUCACUUUAUUCGCAUCCAGGAGGCCUUGGAGAUAACAGGGACUUUCAAGAAAUGCAAAACUCAGUUGGUGAAGGAAGAAUUUGACCCUAUCACCAUCACAGAGCCCCUAUUUUUCUUGGACAAUUCCGAGAAGAGCUUUGUGCCACUGACUUUGGAGAUCUACCAUUCUAUCACAGAGAAGAAGCGGAAACUAUGAAAAGGACUUCAAAAGAUAACACAUCAUCAUUCUUUCAUGGCAUAGCAACCCAGGAAUAGAGCUUGGUGUUUCUUGACUAUAGCCUAAGAAUAGAGUAAUUCUCUUGGAUUAAUUUUGUUUUAAUUUGGCAGAUAUCUGGCAAAUUAAAGAUUUCUGGAACAGGUAUCUUGCAUACCAAACUUAAGGACAUUUAGAAAAGUUAAUUUUAUUCUUAUUCUUUUUCUUUCCCCGAGUAAAGAGCCUUUCUGUAUUCCCAUGAAGUGUUUGCUCUCCAGUAGAGGGAGGUAAAUAUGUGUAUGCAUUACAAUAUGUAUGAAAUGGGCAUCCUGUGUCCCAACAGUGUCACAUUGUGUUCCACUUAAGUGCUUGACUUUGCAUAGCAAAGCCUGCGUACUUUUCCUGUGAAGGUAACUGGAAUUUAUCUUAAAGGAAGUUUCAUACACUUCAGUAUAAAUAUACAUAUCUUCUGCUUCAUUUGCUUCUUGUAACACACACCCAUCAAGUUAUUGCUAUCUAUGCAAGUAUUAAAAGUCUAAUAGAACCAAAGGAAAAGUGGGGAAGCUGAGGGUUAUUUUU